AUGACUUGCAACAGGUGCGGAAGUUACCAUCCGGGAACUCUAUGCAAAGCUGGACUGGGUUUGUCUUAUUUUUGUGGUGGAGUCGGGCAUUCGUCUUGGAAUUGUCUGAAAAAGAAGAAACAGGAUACCGGGAGAGCUCAGCAGCAAGGACGGAUAUUCACUAUGUCAGUUGAUGGCGCUGAGAGGUCUAACACACUAAUAAGAGGUAAUUGUGAAAUUGGUGGUAAAACUUUAAUUGCCUAUGACUUACAAGUGCAUACUCCUCCCUCUGAGGCUGUCGUAACUAGAUUAAGUUUUCAACAAGUCUCGUUUCAAAUUAAAUAUCGAACAUUUGUCCAUGAUAUGAUUUGCUUACCGAUGACUGGCCUCGAUCUAAUUCUAGGAUUGGAUUGGUUGUCAAAACAUCACGUACUGCUUGAUUGUUCAGAACGAUCAUUGCAGUUUAUGUCAGAAGGGUUAGAAGGACCGGUGGUGGCGAAGGGAUACUAUUUAAAUUAUGUGGUGGUGAUGUCAGGGUUUCAUGCUUUUGGCUAUAAGUGUAUCGGGUGA